GCCGAGGACACGCGCGCAGCCUCUUUCAGCGCUGAGGACACGGAGUCCGGCUCUUGGGAAGGAGCGCUUGAGCGCACCCCGGACCGCGCGCGGGGCUGGGGGCCGCAGGCAAGGGCGAAGGCAAGGACAAAGGCAGAGGCGAGCCUGUCCGGGAUCCGCAGAGCCCCUCCGCUGGCCCCGCGGAGCAGGUGACCCUGUGGGACUCUGCCACGCCUGCCCAGACCUUGGUUAGCGGUUGGGGGUGUGGGACGGACUGGUUAAAAGCCGAUUUGCGCCCCGAGCCCCGGGGGUCGACGCGAGCUGAGUUGUUGGCCAGGAGAGCGGGACAAGCUCCGGCCGGGCCAGAUUGCUUUACCUCUCCAAAGUUACCAGGAUCUGAACAAAAAUUCCUGCUAUAGCAUCUUCAACACGUGAUCAUCUGGCAUCUUCCCCCAUUAGAUUAAAUAAGAGGAAGAAACUAAGUAAGCUGAAAAGCAGCCAUGGCGUCAGAUGCCAGUCACAUGCUGGAGGCUGCCCUGGAGCAGAUGGAUGGGAUUAUUGCGGGCACCAAAUCGGCUGCCGAACACAGCAAUGGUGCCUAUGACGUUGGGCUGCCCUCCCAAUCCCCAUACAUGAACAUGUUCCCAGUACUUCAUCUCGUUGAGGACCUGAAGCUGUCACUGGAGAUGCUGGGGGAUCCUCAGGAAAGAGAAGCCCUCCGGGGUCAGAUCCCAGAGCCCACUGCAGCCUACAUAAAAGAGUGGCUUCAGGGAAAUCUGUCACAGGUAAACCACCCAGCUGCAGUUACGAAUGAAACCUACCAGGAGCGCUUGGCCAGAUUGGAAGGUGACAAGGAAUCUCUUAUGUUACAGGUGAGUGUCCUGACUGACCAAGUGGAGGUCCAGGGUGAGAAGAUCCGGGACUUAGAAGUCUGCCUGGAAGGGCACCAGGUGAAACUCAAUGCUGCUGAAGAGAUGCUGCAACAGGAAUUGUUGAGCCGCACGUCACUCGAGGCACAGAAACUAGAGCUGACAGCGGAGGUUUCCGAGCUGAAGCUCCGGCUGGUUGGCAUGGAAAGGGAACAGAGGGAGCAGGAGGAGAAGCAGAGGAAAGCUGAGUUAGUAGUGAAUCUGAUCAGUGAUCUACAGGAGCAGAUGUGUAGACUACAGCUGGAAAUCAGUAGCCAAAUUCAAGAGAGAAUGUUGCAGGACAGGGACCACAUGGAUGAAUGUAGCCCUCAGGAGAGCCCCCAGGCCAGCAACCCCGAUGGCUUGCCUGAAUUGCUACAGGAACUCAAGCAUCUCAAAAUCAAAGUGGAGGAGCUGGAGAGUGAACGAAAUCAGUAUGAAUGGAAGCUGAAAGCAACAAAGGCUGAGAUCGCCCAGCUGCAAGAGCAGUUGGCAUUGAAGGAUGCAGAAAUUGAGCGCCUCCACAGCCAGCUCUCCAGGACCGUGGCCUGCACUGAAAGCACAGAAAGAGAGGGAGUUUGUAAGAGAAGGCUAAAGGAAAAAUAUCAAGAAGUUCAACGUCUAAAAAUAGGAAUGGAAUCCCUACUUGUUGCAAAUGAAGAAAAGGAACGCAGGAUAGAGGAGCUUACAUUGUUACUGAGCCAGUACCGAAGGGUAAAGGAGAUCAUGCUGGGAGGCCAUGGCUCUUCAGAGAGAAUCCUUUCCAGUGGGGAAGAAGAAAUGGAGGGAUCUUUCCGGAAGUGGAAUGUGGUGAAUAAAUCCCCAGGAGAAACAAUGAAACUAGAGCUAUCUCCAAGAUGUACCUCCCCUACCUUGGGGGCUCCUCCCCUGCCUCAUAAAAGCCUGGAAACAAGUGGAAGCAUCCUGGAUACCAGCAAUGGCCAGAUUUCCCACUGUGAGGAGGAUUCUCUGGAGUCACAGAGCAGGACUCAGGAAAAACUGUCCAGUAGCCUGGAAGACCUGCAGAGUGGCUCUGUGGAAAAGUAUGUAGACGGGAAGCCACUUGUGCCUGUUGUCGGAGCUGAGGACACCCUUUUCCUAGGGGAGAACAAAUACCAAACACUACCAGGGAAACUUCCUGGAGCUACACACAAUGGAGAGCCUGGAACAUCCAUCCCCUCCACUUCUCAGACCUCAGGGAGCAGCCUGCCAAGCCUGACUCGUGGCCGGAGUGUCAGUGCACCGAUAUUAGGAGAAACCGAGAGCAGUUUGGAUAAUACUGUCACAUCAAAUGACCUUUCACCUACUUCUUCUGGAACCGACUCGGGGCCCCAGUCUCCACUAACUCCAGAAAUGAAACGGAGUCCUAAAGGCAUCCGGAAAUUCUGGGGAAAAAUAAGAAGGACUCAAUCAGGAAAUUUCAACACAGAUGCAAUAGGGAUAGCAGAAUUCCGCCGAGGUGGGCUCCGGGCAACUGCAGGACCAAGGCUGUCCAGAACCAGAGACCCCAAAGCUCAGAAGAGUGAUUCCAACGCUCCUUUUGCCCAGUGGAACACGGAGCAGGUGUGUUCCUGGCUGGAGGACUUUGGUCUGGGUCAGUAUGUGAUCUUUGCCAGGCAGUGGGUGAGCUCUGGCCACACACUAUUGACUGCUACUCCUCAAGACAUGGAAAAGGAACUGGGAAUUAAGCAUCCCCUGCACAGAAAAAAAUUAGUUUUGGCUGUGAAGUCAAUUAACACAAAGCAGGAAGAGAAGUCUGCACAACUAGACCACAUUUGGGUAACCCGGUGGCUUGACGAUAUUGGCUUGCCUCAAUACAAAGACCAGUUCCAUGAAUCCAGGGUUGACGGGCGGAUGCUUCAAUACUUAACUGUGAAUGACCUUCUCUUCUUAAAAGUCACCAGCCAGCUGCAUCAUCUCAGCAUCAAGUGUGCCAUCCACGUGCUCCAUGUCAACAAAUUCAAUCCUCAUUGCCUCCACAGGAGACCCGCCGAUGAGAGUAAUGUUUCUCCUUCUGAAGUGGUACAGUGGUCCAACCACCGAGUGAUGGAAUGGCUGAGGUCAGUGGACCUGGCUGAAUACGCACCCAACCUUCGAGGAAGCGGAGUUCAUGGUGGUCUCAUUAUCCUAGAGCCCCGCUUCAGUGGGGACACACUAGCCAUGCUUCUGAACAUUCCUCCUCAGAAGACACUUCUCCGACGCCAUUUAACCACCAACUUCAAUGUCCUCGUUGGGCCUGUGGCCCAGCAAGAAAAGAGAGAUAUAAUGGCAUCUGCAGCCUAUACACCACUGACCACUACUGCCAAAGUCCGGCCAAAGAAACUAGGAUUUUCACACUUCGGAAAUAUGAGAAAAAAGAAGUUUGAUGAAUCUACAGACUACAUAUGUCCCACAGAGCCGAGUGAAAGUGUGAAUGGCAAUCACAAGGCUUAUGGUGGCCACAGCCACCGAGGCCCUCCCCCCAGUCCUGGGGAGGAAUUGGACAAACUGGAUCAGAUGGAACCUUCGGAAGGUACAGUCCUACAGAUAGGGGUCAUCUCUCAAGGCAUUCACAACCUCACGGUAUGUACUAACCUGAUGCUUGCUCCUCCCACCCCUCCCUCAUCACAACAAAGGAAUAGAAUCAAAGGAGCCGGCCACAAUCUGGUCCUUGGGUCAGUAUGUUGGCCACACAGGUGAGAAGAUGGAAAAUAUCCCUCUGUGCUUGGUAGCCUGGGCUGAUUUCUUUGUUUCAUGGGGCAAGCAGGAGCAAAGGUGAAAAAACAGUGUUGAUCACCUACAGGUCAUCUACCAUAUUCAACUAGGAGGCCAACACAGGAAGAAACAAAUUCCCCAGGUUCUUCCCUGUAGCCACGCCUCUCCAUAGGCCAUAUUUCCAUCCUUUUCAAAGGAGUCUUUCUGGUUCUGUUUAUAUAACAUUCUCCCAAAGAGUUCCUAGGCAUCUUGCAGUGGUUGACUUGACCCCAGCUGUCAGUGUAAAGCAUAAGACGUUCACCUUAUAGAGAAAAAUAAGCUUUUUGGAGUCUGUGUCAGUACAUUAAUUAAGGCUUCUGUCAUUAAAUUCAACAUUGGCAAGUCUUUCCAAAUUUAUCCCCUAUCAUUGUGAGCAGCCUACAGAAUUCCCAUCACCUACCUGCAUGCUGACCAGCACCAGAGGCAUGUUGCCUUAGCCGGUAAGCCCAGAAGAUUUCCAUGGACUCCUCUGGGGAGUUAGAGCAGGGGGGUAGAGAAAGAAAAAAGGACAGCAGAGAACUAUAGGUGGUACCUGUAUAGAAAUGGGCAUCAAGAGCUACCAAAAAAAAUCUAAUUCUAUUGCUUGUUUUUGUAUUUGUUUUUCAUUUUUCAUGGUUUUCUCACAACCUGAUUUUUGUUUGUUUUGUUGGGGGGGGUUGGUUUUUUUCUUUUUGGGUUUUUUUUUACCCAAAUUGCUAUAUAUAUUUUACUCAAUAUCACUAUAAUGGCCCAGGCCAGGUUGUUAAUUUACCUUAAAUAAAUGAACAUUUAAAUAAACUUGUCAUUUAAAACAUUUUGUUCAUUUUGUUCUGAAAGGCAAAAUCCUUACUAAAAUUUCCAGUAAUUUUGUAUGGGGCAGCUAGGUGGUACAGUAGAUAAAGCAAAGGAUUUAGAAUCAAGAAGACUGGAUUUCAAAGUCUGAAUCAGAUACUCUGUAGAUACAUGAGCCUGCAAGGAACUAAUAGAAGCAGCUGGUGGUACAGUAGACAGAGUGCUGGACCUGGAGUCAGGAAGACCAGAGUUCGAAAUUG